UAAAGCGCGCACGCUGUCAGAAGCAGCUGAUCACAAACGUGAUUGAGGCAGAAUCAGCAGGACAGAGUUACCUCAGAGCACCUUGCUACCUACCCACAAUGGCAUCAGAAGAGCUGGCCAGGAAAUUGCAGCGCAGGUUAGCUGCGGAACAAUCCGUACUCCCGGACCCGUGUGUGUUGGAUAACCCGAUAAAACAGAGUCACGGAGAGUCACAAGAAAAAAUCGGUAACAAUGGCAAUGCAACAUCCGAACUCACAGAAAAACUCAACCGAAGACUGGACAUUAAUGAAGGCAAUGCGGAGUCAAAACAAGCAAAGAUUUUUAAUCCUUACACGGAAUUUAAAGAAUUCUCGAGGAAACAGAUCAAAGAUAUGGAGAAAAUGUUUAAACGGUAUGACUCCGGUAAGGAUGGCUUCAUUGACCUGAUGGAGCUGAAGAUGAUGAUGGAGAAGCUGGGAGCUCCACAAACCCACCUGGGCCUGAAGAACAUGAUAAAGGAGGUUGACGAGGACUUUGACGGCAAACUCAGCUUCAGAGAGUUCCUGCUCAUUUUUCGGAGAGCUGCAGCAGGUGAGCUGCAGGAGGAGAGCGGCCUGAUGGCGCUGGCGCGGCUUUCAGAGAUUGAUGUGUCCACCGAGGGAGUUCUGGGUGCAAGGGACUUUUUUGAGGCCAAGGUUCAGGCUUUAGCAGUACGCAGCAAGUUUGAGGCGGAGAUCCGUGAGGAACAAGAGGAGAGGAAACGACAGGAGCUGGAGAGAAAGCAGCGACGUGCAGCUUUCAAAGAGCUCCAGUCCACCUUUUGCCCCUAAAGGUCUUCCCCAGAUGAACCCUCUCCCCAAAACUUUUAUUCUUGCAUCUAGCUCUAGCAACCAUGGCCCUGAACAUCUGCUGUGUCUGGAAUACUAUGACUACAGGACCAACAUUUCUUGUUGUAGUGAAGGCUGGUAUGGAGUGAGAGGUUUAGGCAGCAGCUACUUUGCUAUGUCCUCCUUGUUGCCCAUUAUUAUGUUGCCACAAAAUCACCACAACAUUAUGGUAACCUGCUAGCUGGACCACUAGGCUAUUAGAGUACUUACUCGAGUUACAGUCAAACACUUGCCUCUUAAAACAUUUUACAUCAGUUCAUCUCCAAGCUGCAAGUGAGCAGCUUAUAUGCACAGUAGAAACUGCUCAGAUGUGGAAAGGAAAAUGCUUUUAGUUAGAAAAAUGAAAAAGAACAAAACACUUACAUUAUAGUUUGAACAGAGGUCUUAAAAUUGUGUUUUAAAUUAUUAUAUUAUGAAUUGAUUAUAGAAAUAUAGUGUAUUUGGGUACCUUAGCAUAAAUGUUGUAGCUAAGUUAAAAUUGAUUCACUGGAGCACAUGUUUAAUGUUGACUGAGAUUCCUAAAAUGGCAGAAAGAGUUUUUGAAGGGAAGGUUCAGUUUAGUUUUAGUUGAGGUUUAG